AGGUCUUCGGAAAGUUCUUCUCAGAGGGACAGAGAAGAUACUUCCUCCAUUGCUACGUGGUCUGCUCCUCACCUACUCCCUCCUGGGGGAAGCCAAGGGGACAAGCCAGUCGAUCGCCCAGUGUCAUCACCCUGCCUGCUGGCUGGGCAGGGUAACUCCUCAGGUCACCAUCCUCUCCAGCCUGCCUUGGGCUUGGGGAGUGAGGAGGAGGGCGAGGGACAGCUGGUGACCCUGAACAUCUGCCAUCCAUCACACCGUCACCUAGAGCAAGAUGGCCAGGCUCCUGAGGAUGUUCAGGAAGAAGGCUUGGCAGGUGGCCCCAGAGCCUGAGAGAAGCAGCUGCCAUCUUUCCAAGGAGCAGAGCAGCCCCUCCAUACCCGCUGGCGGGGAAGCAGCUCCCCUCCAGGCCAGGAGGUGGAAGUGCCCAGCCUUCUGGCAGAGGAAACCAGCUCCCAACACAGGUGCCGAGCUGGGAGAGGCACCAACCAGGCCCAAAUGGAGCUGGCUCAGGAUGCGGCUGCGCAGGCAGGACCCAGCCCAGGAGAGGAGAUGGGCAGGGUGGUCCUGGGGCUUGUUGUGUGGGAAGCACCGGCUGCAGGAGCCCAGCCCUGAUUCCCAGCAGGAGGCAUCGCCCUGCCCGGUCUCUGAGGACCUUCCAGCCUCCCCAGGACAGGAGGUGGAAGAUCCUUGUCCCAGCACCAGCAGCUUGGCCCGUUCCCCAUGGGGCAGAAGCAGCUCCUGGAACUCUGGCAGCAGCGAGGCCGAUGAGCGCUGCUGCUUUGUUCCAGGGACCCCCAGGGACUCAGAGGAGGAGGAGGAAUGAGUGGACAUGGCCACAAAUGAAGCUGCUCUCAAGGUCAUCAGAGAGCAGCUCCAGGGCAGAGAAAAGGAUGAGGCGCAGCAGCGCAUGUUCCUGCACGCCAUCCACCCCGCGUGUCUCGCUGCACAGCAGAGAGGGCAGGAAACACUGGAGCUGCACUGCUGCAAGGCGGCUGUGGUGGAGAGGAUUGUGGAGCUCAUUGAGGAGCUGCCUGAUGACACUCCACCCGGCGCCGUCCUCGCCAACUCCCUGAUUGCUGUGGGCAACCUCAGCACCAUGAAACCUGCCCUGGAGCCAGAGCUGGAGACACACCUCUUGCAAGCUGCCCUGCAUGCUGUCUUUACCCUGGGCACAGAGAAGGACACCACCCAAGUCCAGGCUCUACACAAGAUCAUGCCAGAGCUCCUGGAUGCCAUGCUGGGGAACCUGCUGUUAGAGUCCCCAGAAACAGGCUCCACUACAUCUUUGAGCACGUCAACUUCUGGAUCGUGUCCCAGGAGAGAGCCAGGGCCAUUAAGAGCAGCACGGCCCUGCUCAGAUACACCCUCCCUGAGUUUGAUAACCCAGCAGAGUUCCCCAGGAUGGGUCACCAUGUGGCACAGCUGGCUCUGUUCAUCAGUGACCCAGCCAAGGACAUCAGCCGGCAGCCCAGGGAAGGGAUUUACUGGCUCUACCAGCUGCUGCUGCACCAGAGUGGGCUGACCAUCCAUGAGGCAGAAGAUCUGUGCUGUUGGGACUGGCACCAGGACAGCAGGCUUCUGGGCUACAGGAACACAGCCAGGGUGGGGGAGGUCUUCGGAAAGUUCUUCUCAGAGGGGCAGAGAAGAUACUUCCUCCG